GCCGCGCCGGAGAGUGUACGCGUGGAGGUCUUUUCGACCGCGUCGUAUUUUUUUUCUGGGCUGCUGAUUCUGCAAAUAUUUUUUUCGACAGCCACCGAAGAGGGCGACGAUAUUUCGCUCGAAGAAGGAAGUUGACAAGCACGUCUCAUGUUUUUUGGGCGAAAUUCAAGGACGAACACGAGAAAAAGAUAAGAGGUUUCAACUUUGCCAAACUCUAUGUUGUGGUCAAGGAUUAUGAGUCUGCCAGACACUCACAUGAUCCAUGCUGUGUGAAUUUUGUAAGUACCUUGCUGCCUUCUUGACUGUAUGUGGGAAUAAUCCAGCUGCACACAAGCUGAUGGGACAGAUUCAAGAGGCCACUGAAAAGCAAUAUGGAGCCAUUAAGUCUUGCAAGUGUUCCUUGACCCUGGAUGAAAGCCAGAAAGAUGUUGUGAAGAAUGUUGGCUGGAACAUGUGGAAAACAGUUUUCCUGGUCAUAAGGUUAUGUUUAAGCUCAAGGAAAACAUGGCGAGGGCGCAAGGUGUGCCUGACGUGAAGGACAUGGAGGACCUGAUCACAUCAGAGAUUGUGACAAGUCCACUGGAUGUGUCAUUGAGAGUCAAGCUUCUGCGGCUGCUACUGCACAUUGGGCGUGUACGGGAUGCCUACAACAACGCCUUCCAAAUAGAGGAAGAACCACAAUUCAUUGCCAAGGCUGCAUACUCAAUUCAGUGGCAAUCCUGCAUGACCGAUGUCAUGAAGGCAUACCACCAGGAUCGAGCUGGCCCAGUAGACGAGCUUUUCUUGACGAAGUACUUGCUGACAUUAGACCAGCUAACCAUUUUGAUGCUGCACAACCCCAACAGUUCAACACUGUUUGCUGUGUCUGGUUCAAAAGACAUAGAGCCAUACAAGCAGGGGGAACAAUCUUUGCUGGAUGAUGCAGUCAGUGUCAUUAAAUCCUUGGAUGACCUACUCAAGGAGGCACACAAGAAGAAGUUCUUAUCUGGCUCCUGGAACUUUAUACUGCAGCAUUUUACUGCCCAGCUCUACCUCCACAUGGCCACCUUGGUGCUGAAGAACCCCGUGAAGGUGAGCUGCAACUGGCAAGUGGCACACCGCUGGGCUGCAGCGUUGCUACUGAAUGCUUAUGCAGCGCAUCCUCCUAGUGCCCUGUCCCAGGAAGACUGGUUCUUAGCACUGGAUUCAGGGGAGCGAAAUCUUUACCACAAUAUCUGCCUCCGAGCACAUCACCGGCUUUCCGUCUCAGGUCACAUACUGCACAUUCUUUGCAAUGCUGAAGACAAGAGUAGCUGGCUUUCUGACAUAAAGCAGGAAGUGUGCACACCCGAGGUUCGAAACAGGAUUUACAGGAGCAUUUUUGAUGAAAAAGGCAAGACUUCAUGGUUCCUCCAGGACACAACUUUUACCAAUUGUACUACUGAAUUUCCCUCACCUGCAGCUCUUUAUAAACAUGAUCAAGAGUCUCAGUGGCUGCACCCUUCAUCCCUUGACCACCUGGCUUGGUUGGCACUCCAGUGGAGUUAUCUGCAGGACAAGAAGCAUGCGGUCAUCGAGCAGUGCUUCGAGCUGCAAGUGUUUGAGAAGCUUCCAUUGAAGCCGCAUUCAUUCACAUCUGGGGCCGCCGAAACGUUGAGCCAAGUGGACGUGCAAGCAUUUCUGGAAGCAACUUGUUAUUGCGCGAGUCAGGCACUGGGUCGCAAAGCCUUUCCUCUCGGCCAAGGGCCCUUGGCACUUCCACCUCAUGUUGGAAUGCAGCUGUGCACGGGUUCUCAGGCCGACUGGUGGAGUGCCGCAUACCACAUGUAUGCCAGCAGUUGCAGGAGCGAGAUGGCUGACGUCAGGCGCAUACUGCAAAGAGGGCUUGAAGUCAUUCGGGCAAUUGGAAACCAUGGCAUGGACCUUUCCCUGGUUGUUCACUUGGCCAGGAUAUUUGCCAACAAGUCAUCGCACAGGCAUGCUGAUGGCCUAGAGGAAGAAGCGGAGGCCUUUCAAGAUCAAGCGGCACGCUACUGGGAGGCUGUGCUCACCAUGCUUGAGACAUAUCGCAUUACCAGGAGCCCAGUGACACCAUCAGGCCGUCUGUUCUGUGUGCCAGGUGGUCGUGGUGCGACCAGCCUGCAGGAACUGAGGAACAUCAAACAAGAAGCCAAGAUGUUCCUAGCCAUGUGUGCCAUGAAUUCAGGCUGCCUGGACGAGGCUGCCGAGAUGUUUUCAGAGAUUAUGACUGCUCAGGCUGCAUACUACACGGCACUUGUGAUGGAAAAGAUGGCUUGCAAGGCUUCCCGACGGGGUGCGCGGUAUACCCUGCUGCUGAAGGAACGGGCGGCAUUGCAGCUUGCCCUUGAGCGUGGCUGCCGGCAAUCAGACUGGACCCUGAUCUCCACAGUGUCUGCUCAAUUGGAUGACCUUCAGGAGCGCCUGAACUUGACCAGUGUCACCAAUGGCUACCAUGAUGACGACAACAAUGAUGAACCAUCAAGAGGAGGACAGGGUGAUUCCCUACAUCUGUCUGCUCAUUCUAGCGCUAGUUCUGUGCAUUGGGCUCGGCAGAGCAGCACCCCCAAACCUGACAAAAGCUUCUAUCCAGCAUGCACACCACCAGAGAAAUCUCCUACUUCAGAGGCAACCCUUGAGUCACUGUCAUGUCAGCCAAGGUCUGCUGCAGCUGUGGAAGCACCUGCCAUUGCUAGCCGAUUUCUAGAGCUGCAGCUGCAUUCUAUAUCACUGCACCAGGAGCUGGCAGUGAGUCGGCUUCACGGAAUGCAAGAGGCCAGUCAAAGCCUGAUCAAGGAGCAACUUGACAAUCACAGAGCUGUUCUUGCAGAAGUCAAGCAACAAAAGGCUGCCAUGGAACAACUCACGAAAAAAAUUGAUGAGGUGGCUGCAACGACUGCUAUGGCAGCCGAUGCUGCUCUCUGCUCGCAACGCCAGAAUGAAGGCUCUGAGCACAGAGAUGAGCAAGUCAGUGGCCGUGGCUUAGAACAUAACUACUCUCGCUAUGAGACAGCAGCUUCUAGCAGAGCGACACCACGGAUGGCAAGAAGUCGACGCCGUACUGCAUUGCCGCUGUCUGUUCCACAUGUGCAAGGCCCUGCAUACGGAAGCUACUCAAUGCCCCAUUUUGGCCACUCAUUUGCCUCGCAACACUUGGGCCAAGCUUUGGCAUGUCAUUUUGCAUGGCAGCUGUUCCUUUCACCACAAGGCACUAUAGCAUUAUCAACUGUGCCAACGCCUUUCCCUGGUGUUGCAGGACAGUUUGCAAAUGACAACAGCCGCCCACCUCCAUCCACCGUGUCUGCCAGCAGCACUCCAUCUCGCGUUGUAAAUGCAGAUGAGCUUCCCAUGCCGACGACCACCACCAAUGCCUUGCCCAUUUGGGGAGGGGCAGGUGGUUCCCCACAGACUGCGCCUCCAUCUUUUCCCACCUCUACGUUCAUUACUCCGAGUACAAUGGCUGCCUACUGCCAGGCCGUUAGUGCACCUCAGCCAGGAGCCGUAGAAACAACAGCACCACUAGCCUCUACUCCAAAUGACCAGGCACCAUUCACUGCGUUUGGCACAGAAACAGAAAGAGGAAACCAGAGAUUAUCGCCCUUCUCUCUGAAGUCAUUUGACAUCAACCGGCUGCCUCCAUCUACCUUGUCUGCCAGCAGUGCGCCAUUUCACUUUGCAAAUGGGGAUGUUGUCGAAGCAUCAAACUUUAGCCACCAUGCAGAGCCACAGCUUCCAGCAGUUGUUGCAGCCAUACCGACUAAGUCACUGCAUCCUCCACAUUGCCAAGCCAUUUGUCAGCAAACUACAGACAGCAAGGGUGCUGAUGACAGUAAUUCCUCUCCUGGCAGCAUCCUGACUACUUAUGCAGCAAACAGCAAGGCUACCACAUUUCCAGACUCGAUGUCAUGCUUUAGUGCUCCAGGAACUGUGUCGGCACCCUCUUUGUUUGGCUCCAAAGCAUCCACCACAGCAACACCAGCACAAUUAUAUGGUUCACAAAUGGCUGUGUCCAGUGCAUCAGUGACUGGAGGUACUGCAUUGCCAAUUCCAACAUCAAGCCUUAGCACCUCCAAAAUGGUGCUGGCAUCUUCCGUCUCUGGAUCUAUAACAUAUGGCAAGGCGACAUCUACUCAACCCUUAGACUUGCCAUUAUCUAUGUGUAGCACUGCAACCGUCGUGGCACCUUUAUUUACAGUGCCGAACUUGUGCUUUAGCACUCCAAAGGCUACACCGGCCGCAUCAAUGUUUGGAGCCGCAACAGCUACUAGAAUGACGCCUGCUCUGUCAUCUGGCUUACCAGUAACUACAUCCACUGUAGCAGCCAUAUACACUGUAGCAACCACAUCCACUACAUUUUCAGUGUCAGCCAUUGGCACAUCUGCGGCAAUGCUGGCACCAUCCAUGUUUGAACCCACCACAGGCACCACAGUGGCACCUGCUGCAUCCACUACAGCAAUCACUAUUCCAACUAAAUUUUCAGCACUGACACCUUCUGUCCUAUCUUUUGAUUCACAAGGGACUACGCCAGCUGUGUCAGGCUCUUUUUACACAGGCAUGUCCCGUUUGCAUGCAACUACUUUUGAUAACUUUAGUCGAAGCCCAGAGUCCUCUACAUGCACAUGCAAUGUGAACAAUGGUGCCAACAGACUCGCAUGUCAAGUACAUGGUUUGAAAAAGCAAGACAUUGUGGGACACAAGACUGCAGAAUUCUCACAGCCUGCUAUAGAGUUGAAUGCUGUGGCUUCAACUCCAGAUGUAAAUGCUCCCACCAAGCUUUUUGACAUGAAAGGUCUCGUUUUCACACUUGGUGCCUCCGCACUAAGCCAUAACCUUCCAUCAUUUGGUGGUGUGUUUGGUGGCUCUCGGGCUUCAGGAAAUGAGGAGUUUGGUCAGUUCCAGUUUGGUAGUACCCCAAAAGCGACAGAGUAUCGAACCAAUGUAGUAGACUCUGCUGCAAUAGCAACUACAGCAAAGGAACCAUCACAUUCUGUUUUAGACGGUAAUGUCACUUUGUCUGGAAGAAAGGAACCCAUGUCAGCUGCGUCAGUGCUUGGCAGCACUGCCACAUCAGCAAACAAUGUUUCGAAAGGAUUUGAAGUUACCAGCUCAUUAAAAGUGGGUGCAUUUUCCAAAGAAAGAAUGCCUGCUGUUGCGGAGACUGCGACAAGUGUUCCAUCGAGACCUGGACCAGCUGCAAGCACUUCGUAUUCUUCUUUGGCCCAGAAAUCAUCAAGCACCGUGUUCAGUGAGCCUGUGUCUACUGCCUCUUCGAUUGUGAUUGGGCUUCCGAGAGAAAAAGUGUCAAUUGGCACGGAGACAGUAACGUGUGAACCACCACUGACCCUACAUGUGAACCAACAACUUUUGCCCAAUGGUCCCAGCCUGCUUGCAGGCUCCUCAUCUCUUCCGUUAGGUGGGGAAAAUGAUAAGAAGCAAGAACACAGGCCUUUUGACGCACAACCAAUAGCAGCAGGCAAUUUAACAAAUAGCACGCCUUCGCCAGAUAAGAAAGAACCUAAAUUGGCCAGACCUGUGCUUGGCAGCGCUGAUUCAUCAUCAAGGACUGUGUGUAGUGAGCCUCUGUCUACUGCUUCUUCGAUUGUGGUGGAGCUUCCAAGAGGAAAAGUUUCAAUUGGCACAGAGACAGCAACAUUUGAAACACCAGUGCCCAGCCUAGUCGUAGGCUCCUCAUCUCUUCCAUUAGGUGGGGAAAAUAAGGAGAAAGCAGAACAGAAGCCCUUUAAUGCACAGCCAGUAGCAGCAGGCAAUUUAACAAAUAGCACACCGUCACCAGAUAAGAAGGAACCUAAAUUGGCCAGACCUAUGCUUGGCAGCGCUGCUUCAUCAUCAGGGACAGUGUCUAGUGAGCCUGUGUCUACUGCUUCCUCGAUUAUGGUAGAGCUUCCAAGAGGAAAAGUGUCAACUGGCACACAGACAGCAACACAGACUGUGUCAGGGACUGUGUCUAGUGAGCCUGUGUCUACUGCUUCUUCGAUUCUGGUAGAGCUUCCAAGAGGAAAAGUGUCAACUGGCACACAGACAGCAACAUGUGAACCACCAGUGCCCAGCCUAGUUGCAGGCUCCUCAUCUCUUCUGUUAGGUGGGGAAAAUGAUAAGGAGAAAGAAGAACAAAACCUUUUUAACGUACAGCCAGUAGCAGCAGGCAAUUUAACAAAUAGUACACCUUCACCAGGUAAGAAGGAACCUAAAUUGGCCAGACCUGUGCUUGGCAGCGCUGCUUCAUCAUCAGGGACAGUGUCUAGUGAGCCUGUGUCUACUGCUUCCUCGAUUAUGGUAGAGCUUCCAAGAGGAAAAGUGUCAACUGGCAUGCAGACAGCAACACAGACUGUGUCAGGGACUGUGUCUAGUGAGCCUGUGUCUACUGCUUCUUCGAUUGUGGUGGAGCUUCCAAGAGGAAAAGUUUCAAUUGGCACAGAGACAGCAACAUUUGAAACACCAGUGCCCAGCCUAGUCGUAGGCUCCUCAUCUCUUCCAUUAGGUGGGGAAAAUAAGGAGAAAGCAGAACAGAAGCCCUUUAAUGCACAGCCAGUAGCAGCAGGCAAUUUAACAAAUAGCACACCGUCACCAGAUAAGAAGGAACCUAAAUUGGCCAGACCUAUGCUUGGCAGCGCUGCUUCAUCAUCAGGGACAGUGUCUAGUGAGCCUGUGUCUACUGCUUCCUCGAUUAUGGUAGAGCUUCCAAGAGGAAAAGUGUCAACUGGCACACAGACAGCAACACAGACUGUGUCAGGGACUGUGUCUAGUGAGCCUGUGUCUACUGCUUCUUCGAUUCUGGUAGAGCUUCCAAGAGGAAAAGUGUCAACUGGCACACAGACAGCAACAUGUGAACCACCAGUGCCCAGCCUAGUUGCAGGCUCCUCAUCUCUUCUGUUAGGUGGGGAAAAUGAUAAGGAGAAAGAAGAACAAAACCUUUUUAACGUACAGCCAGUAGCAGCAGGCAAUUUAACAAAUAGUACACCUUCACCAGGUAAGAAGGAACCUAAAUUGGCCAGACCUGUGCUUGGCAGCGCUGCUUCAUCAUCAGGGACAGUGUCUAGUGAGCCUGUGUCUACUGCUUCCUCGAUUAUGGUAGAGCUUCCAAGAGGAAAAGUGUCAACUGGCAUGCAGACAGCAACACAGACUGUGUCAGGGACUGUGUCUAGUGAGCCUGUGUCUACUGCUUCUUCGAUUCUGGUAGAGCUUCCAAGAGGAAAAGUGUCAACUGGCACACAGACAGCAACAUGUGAACCACCAGUGCCCAGCCUAGUUGCAGGCUCCUCAUCUCUUCUGUUAGGUGGGGAAAAUGAUGAGAAAGCAGAACACAACGCUUCUAAUGCAGAACCAGUAGCAGCAGGCAAUUUAACAAAUGCGACCCCUUCACCAGAUAAGAAGGAACCUAAAUUAGCAAUACCUGUGCUUGGCAGCACGGCUUCAUCAUCAACGACUGUGUGUAGUGAGCCUGUGUCUACUGCUUCUUCGAUUGUGGUGGAGCUUCCAAGAGGAAAAGUGUCAAUUGGCACAGAGAUAGCAACAUGUGAACCACGAGUGUCCUGCCUAGUGGCAGGCUCCUCAUCUCUUCUGUUAGGUGAGGAAAAUGAUGAGGCGAAAGAAGAGCACAGGCUUGUUAACACACAGCAAAUAGCAGCAGGCCAUUUAAACAGUAGCGCCACUUCACCAGAUAAGAAGGAACCUAAAUCGACCAGACCUGUGCUUGGCAGCAUGGCUUCAUCAUCAGGGACUGUGUGUAGUGUGCCUGUGUCUACUUCUUCUUCAAUUGUGGUGGAGCUUUCAAGAGGAAAAAUGUCAAUUGAUGUGGAGACAGCAACAGGUGGGCCGCCAACACCCAGCUUGGUUGCAGGCUCCUCAUCUCUUCCAUUAGGUGCGGAAAGUAAGGAGAAAGCAGAACACAAGCCUUUUGAUGUACAGCCAUUUUCAACUGGCAAUUUCACAAAUAGCACCCCUUCACCAGAUAAGAAGGAACCUAAAUUGGCCAGACCUGUGCUUGGAAGUGUUGCUACAUCAUCAAGAACUGUGUGUAGUGAGCCUGUGUCUACUGCUUCUUCGAUUGUGGUGGAGCGUCCAAGAGGAAAAGUGUCAAUUGGCACAGAGAUAGCAACAUGUGAACCACGAGUGUCCUGCCUAGUGGCAGGCUCCUCAUCUCUUCUGUUAGGUGAGGAAAAUGAUGAGGAGAAAGAAGAGCACAGGCCUGUUAACACACAGCAAAUAGAAGCAGGCCAUUUAAACAGUAGCACUUGUUCACCAGAUAAGAAAGAACCUAAAUCGACCAGACCUGUGCUUGGCAGCACUGCUUCAUCAUCAAACACUGUGUGUAGUGAGCCUGUGUCUCCUGCUUCUUCGAUUGUGGUGGAGCUUUCAAGAGGAAAAGCGUCAAUUGAUGUGGAGACAGCAACAAGUGGUCCGCCAACACCCAGCCUGGUUGCAGGCUCCUCAUCUCUUCCAUUAGGUGCGGAAAGUAAGGAGAAAGCAGAACACAAGCCUUUUGAUGUACAGCCAGUUUCAACUGGCUAUUUCACAAAUAGCACCCCUUCACCAGAUAAAAAGGAACCUAAAUUGGCCAGACCUGUGCUUGGCAGCGUUGCUACAUCAUCAAGAACUGUGUGUAGUGAGCCUGUGUCUACUGCUUCUUCGAUUGUGGUGGAGCUUCCAAGAGGAAAAGUGUCAAUUGGCACAGAGAUAGCAACAUGUGAACCACGAGUGUCCUGCCUAGUGGCAGGCUCCUCAUCUCUUCUGUUAGGUGUGGAAAAUGAUGAGGAGAAAGAAGAGCACAGGCCUGUUGACACACAGCAAAUAGCAGCAGGCCAUUUAAACAGUAGCACUUCUUCACCAGAUAAGAAAGAACCUAAAUCGACCAGACCUGUGCUUGGCAGCACUGCUUCAUCAUCAAACACUGUGUGUAGUGAGCCUGUGUCUUCUGCUUCUUCGAUUGUGGUGGAGCUUUCAAGAGGAAAAGCGUCAAUUGAUGUGGAGACAGCAACAUGCAGGCCGCCAACACCCAGCCCUGUCACAGGGUCCUCAUCUCUUCUGUUAGGUGGCAAAAAUGAUAAGGAGAAAGAAGAACCGAUCGCCAACAGGGGCCCAGCUCUGAGCUCAUCCAGUAAUUAUGAUAAUGCCAGCAAGCUUUCCAGUGCACACGCAGAGCCAGAAGAACCCAUGUUCUUAUUUGGUGUCACUCUCCCAAAUAGGAAACAGUUGGAUUCAGUCACCACUGCACAUGUUGGAACCACAUUUGGGGACGAUGCAUUUACGUGUUCCAUUUGCGUUGACCAAAAUGUGAAAGAAGUUUCUUGCCAGUUGACUGGAUUUGGUGGAUUUCUGUCUGUUGGUCCACAAAAUGUCGAACAGAUUUCAGAGGAUCCAGAACAAGUUAGCUCUUUUGUUACAGUGGAUACUGUGAUGGAGCUACCAACUUCUAGCUCUUCAGUGGAAUCAUUGUUGAAGUCUACUACUAUCGCUAAGAGAGAGGAAUCGACCGAGCUGCCUUCAGCAGCUAAUGUGAAUGUUUCUUUGUCUAGCCCACUAGGAGGCACUAUGAGCACCACCCAGAUUGCAUCAACAAGCCAUGCGUUUGAAUUUGGUGUGACACUGCCGGAUCAGAGAGCAUCUGUUUCACUUAGUUCUUCAUAUCCUGAUACUACUUCCAUGUCAGAAAAGAAUGUGUUCAGUUUAAAAAACACGACAAUAGUUUCUGGACACAAAGCGACACCUAUUGAUGUAGCGGGUGCAGAUGUUGAAUUAGCAAAUUCCAGCUCCUGUGUACGACUUUUGUCCAACGGUUCCACUAUUGCCAUGAAAGAUGAAUCCGCUGCGCAAAGCCAUCUGUCAAUGACUGCCACAGGCGAUGCAGAAACUAUUAAGCUGAGUUCAACACCAAACAAACUUGAACUACAGGUUGCAUUCCCCUUGCCACUUGAGCCACAGGUCACAUCUCCUCAAGCAAAGCCAUCAGCUUCAACACUAGGCACCAUUAGGCAGCAAGCAGAUUCGCUACAAAGCACUGGUGAAGCGGCAGAGGACUUUGAAUCCAGUGCCCUGCUUGAGCCAAUGGUCUCACUGCCAGAGCUUAUGGAGAUCACAACAGGUGAAGAGGAUGAAGACGUCCUGUUUUGUGAGCGAGCAAAGCUUUCUCAAUUUGAUGCUGGGACAAAGCAGUGGAAAGAGCAUGGAAUUGGGCUGCUGGAAAGUGAAGACAAACCCUGUGAUAAAAACCUUGCAGCCCAGUUUAGGACACAGGAACAGGCAGACGUUUUCAAACAGACAUUUGAGAGCUGCAAGGACAAAGCCCAGUCCAUAAAAACACUGAAAGAAGAUGCAGGGGAGGGAAAAAGUGGUGCAACCCAGCAGCAGGCUGACAUGAAGAGGCCACAGGAGCUGGCAGCCACCAUGCAAGAUUCCCUAAAUAGCUAUGCAUGUGACGAGCUUGCCCCAUAUGAAGAAAUGCAUGCACCCUAUGAGACCUUAACAUAUGGUAAGCUAGCUAACGAAAUUGCUAGUUUACGUGGUUAUAUUGCAGAAAACAUCAAUGUACCUGCCUCCAAUGGCAUGAGCUCCCCUCUCAGCACUGCGUGCUCAGGAAUUUCACCAGGCAUGUCUACCUCUGGUAUUUCCAGUGCCAGUAGCACACCACAGUUUGUCAAUUUGAGCCCCGAAGCAAGACAGUUGGCUUCUAGAGUAGUGUCAAGUACCAUCAAGCCUUUAAAACCUAUGCUUGAUACCCUACCUUUGCAUACCUUAGCGUCACCAUCGUCUUUUGCAUUUGAGAUGACCAUCUGUAAGUCCUCUUCGAAACCAGCUACCAGUACACCAGUAGCAACAGUGUCUACAGUGGCAAGUGGCUUGCAAUUGUCAGCGACACAGUCAGAAAGUGGUUGCACUUCUUCCCGAGACGGGAGCACAGAAAGCAGUCCAAGACGAGCUGGGAUGGAUUCUUGUCACACUGGUACUUCCAGGCGAGGAGUUGGGCGUUCACUGUUUGGCACUGCUACAACAGCUAAGAAAAGCUCGAAACAUGGAGGAAAGCAGCCACGAAGAACUAGCUUUUGAAGAGACCAUCAAGAAACCCACGGCACCAAUUUUUUAAGCUUAUAUUUUAUCCAUCUUAUUGUUUGGCUAAUUGCCCACCGUGACGACAAGCAGUCACAUGGCUUGGAGAAACAGUAGUCAGUAUAUUACCGUAAUCAUUUUUGGGCAACAUUUUAUGUACAAUUCUUAUAUACUAAUGUUUGCAUUUGGCUGACAUAAGAAGGUGAAUUGUGAUAAAAAUGUGAAAAUAAAAACACCUCAUGGGUUUUGCAUAA